GGAGCUUGCAGAUUCAAACACUCGUUGUUCGGUAUCCAUGUGUGGUAAUGAAACAGCCUUAACAUCAGAGAAUGGCACUGUCCACCGUUUUGCCUACGACUUCUCCUUCUGGUCACAUGACAAAAACAGUGUUGACUUCUGCGACCAGGAAAAUGUAUACGUUAGGCUGGCUCAGCCGUUGCUAGGGAAAGCUUUUGAGGGCUACAAUACAUGCCUCUUUGCUUACGGUCAAACAGGGAGUGGGAAAAGCUAUAGCAUUAUGGGUAGCAGCAAUGACACAGGAAUCAUACCCAGAUUUUGUGCAGAUCUCUUCAACCGGGCGGACAAUUUAGCAACAAAGAAGAAAGUUAAAGUCAAUGUAGAAAUCAGUUUCUUUGAAAUCUACAAUGAGAAAAUUCAUGACUUGCUGGCGGGCAACAAGGACAAGGGAGCCAAGAAGACAGUGCUAAAAGUGAGAGAGCAUCCGAUCUUGGGGCCCUACGUAGAGGGCUUGUCUACAUACGUUGUCAACUCUUUUGAUGAUGUUCAGGGGUGGAUCACUCUUGGCAACAAGAACCGUGCCACGGCUGCCACGGGAAUGAACGACAAGAGCAGCCGGUCCCAUUCAGUGUUCACUAUAGUCCUUACACAGACAAGGACUGAAAACAUUGAAGGCCAUGAGCAUGACCACAGCGUCAACAGUAAAAUUAACCUGGUGGAUCUGGCCGGCAGUGAGAGACAGUCCUCAGCCAACACUUCCGGAGAGCGGCUCAGGGAAGGUGCAAAUAUCAACAAGUCCCUGCUGACGCUGGGUAAAGUCAUUGCCCUGUUGUCUGAAAGAUCUGUGUCCAGCAAGAAGAGGAAAAUCUUCAUCCCUUACAGAGAUUCUGUCCUUACUUGGUUGUUGAAGGAAUCUCUAGGAGGCAACUCUAAAACGGCCAUGAUCGCAACUAUCUCCCCAUCAAACCACCACAGUGAGGAGACACUCAGCACCUUGCGAUAUGCCCAACAGGCCCGAUCCAUUGUCAACGUGGUUCGCAUUAAUGAAGACCCGAAAGCUAAAAUAAUUCGACAACUGCGAGCAGAAAUCGAACAUCUGCGAGCUGAACAAGGAGGCCUGAUGAACGAGGAAGCACUGGCUGUCAGUAUGUGCGAGAUUGCUCGGCUCAGGUCGGAGAUGGAGGAACUGAGCAAGUCCUGGCAGGAGAGGCUGAGACAAGCUGAGGCCAGGAAGGCCGAGGAGCUACAGAUUUUAGAGCGAUCUGGCAUCACUUUGAAAGUCAACCAUCGGCUGCCCAGUUUGGUCAACCUGAACGAGGACCCCCAGCUGUCAGAAAUGUUGCUGUAUGUCAUCAAGGAAGGGGAGACCAAGGUGGGGCGGGAGAUUGAUGAGUCCCAGCAUGAUAUCAAGCUAACCGGAGCUCUGAUUGCUGAUAGUCAUUGUGUCAUCCACAACAAGAAUGGCGUGGUGAAGAUAACACCGAUCAGUGAUGCUCCAACGUACAUCAAUGGUGACUUGAUUACCCAGACAACAACCAUCCAUCACGGGGACAGAGUGAUACUUGGAGGGGACCAUUACUUUAGAUUCAGCCAUCCUGUUGAAGUCCAGAACAAAAAUGACGCGCGAGGAAGCUCAGAAAUUAAAGAUUUUGAUUUUGCCAAGCAAGAACUACACAGGGUGCAAGAAGCAAGGCUGCAGGCUGAACUUGAAGAAGAGCUGGAGAAGACACGCAAGGAACUGUCACAGCAGAAAGAUGGCUAUGAGAACAAGCUCAAGGACUUGGAGAAUAUCCUGAAUCAAGUAGAGGGGACACAUAGAGAAGCACAGACUACAAUCACCAGCCUGAAGAAACAAAAUAUGAUGUUGGAACAGGAAGUACUUGCUGGUAGAACACGACAAAGGAUGGAUUCGGUUGUUUCAAAGAAGAUUCUAGACGAGGCCAUCGCCAUCAAGUCUAAAAUUGUGCAGCUUCUGGAAGUGGAAACCAAAAACACAGCAGAAAGGUUGGACAAGCUUCGCAAGAAGAGGCUCGACCUCCUGACCCCAGCAAAGGCUGCCAGCACCAGUGAAGUUGCUUCAGUGUAUUCCAUGAGUCCAGGGUCACGUCGAGACUUGUACAAGAUCGCUCUCUUGUUGAGGGAGGCCAACAAGAUAAAGAGGGGUGAUACCUUCAGCACACAGAUCCGGGUCACCAACAACAAACACAGGAUGUACACUCUGUGGUCGGUGGCCAGGUUUGAGGAGAAGUUGGCACAGAUGAGGGACUUGUACCAGAACGGCAGUGACAUUUCUGUCGAUGAUGACGAAGUAUUCAAUGAUGCCGAUGAUGUGUGGGAGAGAGAAGCUUCAGUGUCAUCUCCGGCUUAUGGACAAAUCAAAAGCUGGAAAGGCACUCCCACAACAGCUAUCUUGGCUAGAACAUCCAGCGUCAGUCUCAGGAAAGGUUCUGGUGAAUUCAGCCCUAGAUGUAGCCAGGAGGUGGAUGUGUCUAUGGUGAAAGCUUGCAAGGGUCUUCUGUCCAGUGUUGGGAACAGUCUCUCUGCACUGCAUCUGGAGGAGUCCAUGGUGGACAAAGUGCUACACGUGUGCCAGAGAAUCUACAGCAACAGCACCAGUAUCUCCAACAGGGAUCACACGAGGAGCUCCAGCCAUGCCACUAGUAACAACACCUUGUCCCAGCCAAUAUUAAAUCUCGCUGCAGAUGUCCACUUGCUGGCCUCUCUGACAACCUUGUGGUCAAGCAUCUGCGAUGGACUCCAGUCAGAGUUCCUCCGUGAGCUUCUGUCCAAGUGCACAGAUCAGGUCAAGACUAUUGCCCACCAAGCGACCUCACUGUUCCAGGGCUGUGAAGGUCAGCUAGGCAGCCUGAUCUCAGAGAGUGUGGACAAACUGACCAGUGCCCUUCUGUCUCUGUGUCAGACUUGUGGACAGCUGUCCCUAGCCACGGACAUGAGUGUGCUCCGACUGGAACAGUCAUCUAUGGGCAGCAGCAGUCAGUUGAGUUCAAGUGUCUGUCAGCAUUUUCUGGCCGGAGGUAAUCAUUUUCUGAUUUCGACACUCGAGGGCUCUGUCUUAUCCCUGGAGAACAGUGAAGCUCGGUGUUUACGCUGGAAGGACAGCCAGGAUACCAAGUCUGCCUCAAGCGAUAUGUCCAAGCGCUUGUCUCAUGUCUUAUCAUGUCUCCAAGCUCUCCUGUCUAAGACUCUACAAGUCCAGAGAGACUUGCACCAAGAAACCAACACUACCAACCCCAGGUCAGCUCAGUACUAUGCCAGCACCUACAAGAGACUCCAGGGAGUUGUUGCCAGCAUCUCUGCUAUUGUUGAUGCCUCCACUCUCCUGGUCCAGUCUGCUGAACCAGUUGUUCUGGGUACAAGCAGGGACAGCAAGAGACUCGAACGAUGUGCAGACCUGAUCCAGAAGAGUUUACAAAGACUCCUCACAGCAUCAUCUUAUUCCUACACCUCCUUAUCUGUGAUCCCAUCUUUAUUGUCACCAGCUUCACACAAUCACUCCAAAGAAAUGUCCAACCCUUCUGUCUCAUCAUUUUCUUCUUCAUCUUCAUCCUCGAGGGGCCUAGAAUUAUCUUCAUCGUUAUCGUCAGUUUCUUCUCAGAGUAACAUCUCCAUGUCAGUAACUGCUUCAAGUAAUUCAACUUCCAACGGGACAUUGGACUCUGACCUGACUGACGUCACGCUUCUAUCAGAGUCUCAGCUGUGCCAGAUAGAUUCCUCCGUACAGGAAGUCUCCAUGGCUCUGUCGUUAUUCAUAGAACACAUUCAGAAGACCGCCAGCUCCUAUCUGGAGACAGAUCUUCUCAUCACCCCGCGAGGACGACAGAUACUGCCUGCGUCUCCUGAGAAGUUAGUUCUGACCCCAGCAAUGAAUGCUGCACGUUUAAAGAGGAUGAACAUUAAAAGAACUGUUCUUUUAGCCAGUAGAGAUGAAAACAGUUCUUGA